GCGGGGCGGGCUGCGGGCCGGAGGCGGCGGCUGAGGAAGAUGAAGAUCCAGUUUCUGACAUGAGAUUCAUGGCGUGAUCAUUUCAUUGAGAUCAACUUGAAUAACCAGGUAUUAAGUGCAAGAGGAAUACACAAUGGCUGAGGGCACUCAAAUUUACUUAUUACCAGUCUCAACUUCUAGUUCUUCAAAAGAAGUAAAAAGUUCACCGCCAGCAUCUCCUAAAAGCCAGGAUGCCAGUCAGUUGUCACAGAGACUCCUGAUAGAAAAACAGCAGGAAGAAGCAGAAUGGGAAAUCAUAAACACGCUGUUGAUGACACACGGCCUGAAACCUUUGUGUCUCGUCAAGAGGACGGACCUCAAAGAUCUCAUCGUCUUUGACAAGCAGUCCUCCCAAAGGAUGAGGCAGAACCUGAAGGUGCUGAUGGAGGAGACAGCGCGGCAGCAGAAGAUGAUCCAGGAGCUCAUCGACUGCAACCAGCAGCUGAAAAAUGAACUUCAGCUAGAACAAAAACGAGCAGACUGCCAGGAGCAACGAGCCAAUGACCUAGAAGAACUUAUGGAGGGCGUGAAAUCCAAAGUUGGUGAACUGGAAGACAAGUCACUCCAUAGGGUCUGCCAGCAACAGAGUAAAAUAAAAGGGCUUCAGAAGGAGCAGAGAGCCCUACAGAUGAAAUGCCAGCAUUACAAGAAGAAACGAGCGGAACAGCAAGAGAUGAUUACUUCUUUGCAAAAGGAGAUGUGCAGACUCAGGAAGGAGGAGGAGGAUCGUGUGGUCACUCAGAACAGAGUGUUUUCCUACCUCUGCCGCAGAGUUCCCCACAGCGUCCUGGACAGACAGUAA